GGUAGAACACACAUUAAAUUCUCACCACUGCAGCUCACACAGACAGUUGGACUGAGAAGAAAUCCAGGAUCUCGAAUUAUUCAAGGAGAGGACAAAAUGUGGGUCCAUCUGUUCAUUACUCACUUCCUCCUGCUCCUCCACAUCUCUUCUACCACUGAACAUCAUGGUGAACAUACUAAGACACACGGUGAUGUAACAGGACCCCACAGCAUACUGCAACGUCAAAACUAUCCAGCAAUGGCUUCCUUCAAGCCCCAUAGACACCCAGCCAGGUCAGGUUGUAAAGAUGUGCACGCAUGUCCAAAAGCAUUAAAGCAUAGGCACAGCAACCAGCACAAAUACAAGGUCACCUUCCCCCUGGCACGUCCCAGUGCUGCCAACAUCAAUGAUGUCUGUCAUUACCAUGGGCAAAGGAGGGCGCACAGUCAAACACAGCUCCCGAAAACUGGUUUCGCCAAUUUACACCGACAGAUUAAAGCAGUAGACAGGAUGGAGAAGGGCUACAGGAACUGUUGUCACAUGUCGAGUGAAGAACACAGAUUGGCGUGCUCAUUGGAAGUGUGGAAAAGGGAACUGCAUCACUAUUGUGAGAUGGAGAAGUCAAUUAAAACCAAGCAGUAUCAUUGUUGCUUGAAGGGCAAUGAAAGAUACAACUGCUUUGAGAAUGAUGCUCGUCACCACAGCUACACUGAUGACAUUCGGCAGGGAAGGAACAGACAUAGUGUUGCCGGUCGUGAUAACGUCCCCAUGUCGACCAUGUCAUUGCCAAAUGUCAUCUUCCCUCCGGGAGAACCCAACAGGGACAACAUUCACAACAUCUGUAGCCUGAGGAAGAUCCGGCCACGAUACCCACCUGGGACCCUGCCACUGACAGGCUACCAUGAGCUGACUCUUCGGGCUAAGGUGACUGAUCAGCUAGAGGCCAACUACGAGAAAUGCUGCAUUGCACACAACAAAUUGGGGUGUGCACAUAAACAGUGGAAGCAGAUGCUGCUUGAAUACUGUGCCAACAAAUUAUCUGCAAAGAACUUGGAUGAUCAUUGCUGCUGGAAGAAAGAGGAUGAAUUGUUCACUUGCUUCAGAAACAUUGCUCCUUUCCCCAAAUACGAUCACGAGAUAAAGACCAUCAGUCUGGUAAAUGUGACAGACAAUACUCUGCUCACACUGUGUCAGAAACAUUUCAAAUCACUGACCAGAAGGCCUGUAUCUAAACUAUUGACGAUGAUACGAAGUGACUGCUGCCCCCAUAGCAAUCCAAAGCAAAGAUUUCACUGCGGAGCGGAGAAGAAACGGUCUUUCUUUUCCCGCUUGUGUGGCAGUCAGCAUGGUACCCGGAAAAAUCACCUGAAUUGCUGCUCCCAUGACAUUGAGUCUUGCUUCAAUUCUCUUUACCUGUCCAACAUUACAGUGGCCGCUAUGUAUAAUUUCUGAGUGUCGAGGGGAAUCUUGUGGCUCAGUUGGUGAUGGUUUUGAACAAUUCAAGUAUAUAAAGUGAAUGAUUAAAUGUCUUGAUUUUCUGGUUUGUA